GCACUUUCCAUUUCGUUGCUUAUGUGUGGUUCAAUCACUCAUUCAUCUGAGGAAAGCCGUGCAGUCAAGUGAGUCCGACAAAAACGACUAGAACAUUCGCCCACCUUCCAUCCAUCCAUCAAUCCCCCCAUCCCAUGUGUCGAGACGUACGUCCAGUCAGACAUGCACUAUCCAUCACAUACAUACCAGGGCCAGGCGACAGCCAUCCAUCCACGCAUCAAACUCCUCCCGCCCCUGUCUGCCACCCAAAUGUGUGCGCCUCCGCACCUCACGUCAGCUGCAGCGACCUGAAUGUCUCCCUGCCGUCCCGCCCCUUCUCGACCGACCCCACCGACCCCCACACCACCGCAGGCACAUCCUUCUUGAAGCCGUUGUCGAUCUCCCCCGCCAGCCCGCACUUGGCCGCCUCGUCCAGGAUGGCCCGCUGCACCACCUGACGCAACUCCAUCCGCUGGCCACCCACACCGCCCAUCACAAAGCACUGCAGCUGCGGCACCGUCAUCUUGAGGCGCUUGUCGCCCUUCUGCUCAUGCCUCGUCCCACCCACCACCCCUCGGUUGCUGCUGGCCUGGUGCAGUGCCGAGCGCACCAAGUGCUCCGCUGCCGCACACACACGGCGGGCCAUGUCGCUGUUCCGCACACCGAUGGCCUCACUGACGGCAUCCUGGGCGGCGUCCAUGUCGAAGAGGAACGACGCAAUGCGCCAGCCGAAGAUGGGGGCCUCCUGCGGGCCGACGGCCAGCCGGGGGGUCAGGAGGGCCGCGAGGGAGCGGUGUGGGGCGAGGGCGGCGUUGACGGCCGCCAUGACGUCGUCCCGCAGCUUAUUCAGCACCGUGGUGUACUCCGUCAGCACCAGCUGACGCUGACGGCGACGCUCCUCCGUGUCUGUGGGGAUGAGAUUGAUGUCUGCCCCCACCCGCAGCAGGCUGCGGAUGGUCAGCUCCACGUUGUCAAUCUCGGCGCGAUACCGCUCCUUGGUGUCCUCGAGCGUCUCCGGAUGCUGAAGCCGUUGGGUGCAGCGAUCGAGCUCCUCGGCAGCUAUGGCCAGGGGCGUGUUGUCGUCCUGUCCGUCGAUCUGGUCAGCGGGGAGCUUGCGGCAGAGGUAGUCGGCCACAUAGGGAGAGCCAUACGCUGCCGCGUAGUUCAGUGGCGUCCAUCCAAUGCCGUCAGCUGCCGUCAUGUCGGCCCCGUUCGCCGCUAUGAGGUCGAGGUAGCUGUCGAUGAAGGGCUGGGGAUAAUACCCUUUCGCCCGCUCGGCUGCCUCGUGCACCAGGUUGAAGCCGUUGGCCCGUUCGGUGGCGAGGGUGGGGUCUCGUUCGAUUAGUCGCUCAUACAUCGACAGCAGCAGCUGCAGAUACUCCGGGGGAGGCUGACGCAGGGGACGGGGCAGCUCCAUCACCAUGUGUGCGCCUGCUGCGCGCAGGUCGAUGUCCUGUCGAGCCAUGAGCAGGUCGAAUGCCAUUCGGUUGCCCAGUGCGAUCGCCACCCACAAGGGCUUGCUGCCAGUGGCGGCGUCAUCGUCUGCUGCGUUGAUGUCGGCGCCUCCGUCGAGCAGUGCGGUGAGGAUCUCCGCCUGCAGCCCAUCAGACGACCACGAUGGCACUGCCAGGGCCACGAAACGGCAAGCAUCGUCUCCUGCUUCGAUUUCCGCCGGGACGGUGUAGUCCGACUUGUUGUCGAUGGCGAUGGCGAGGAGCGGGUAGCGGAACCCACGAUGCUUGCUGCCCUCCCUCCUUAGUCGAGGCUUGAUAUUGGAGUUGGCUCCCUGUUCGAUGAGAUCGGUCACGUGCUGUGCGCUGGGGAUGGUGCGGCCGAUGACGCCCAAUGCCAGCGACUUGGCAACGUCGCUGGUGCCGUAAGGGAAUCGAGCUUCGAUGUCAUUGACGCCCAAACAGCCGUCUGGCACGUCGACUGUGGUGGUUGGCACCACCGCGUGACCUGGUGGGACACACACAGCCAUCAGACGACGCACACCGAGAACGAAUGCAUGUAUGGGCCCGCACCUUCCUCCCUCUCAUGUGUCUGUCGGUCUGGCGUACCUUCCUCCUCAUAGCCAUCGUCAUGACCGUCGCUGUCUGAGUCACUGUCGUCGUCCCCCUCACUGUCAUCGAUCUCGUCGUCUUCUUGGUCUUGGUCUUCGUCCAGCAUCCCUCCGUCGUCACUGUCGUCCUGCAUACCACCGCCCUGACACAGCGACACAGAGACAAGGGGAGGACAGCCAGGUGACGAGCGUCACACGGACGGACGGGGUGUUCGCGAAUGAAUGCCUCACCGAUUCGCUCCCAUCGGCCAUCACACCGCCCUCCUCAUUGUCCUCGCCUGAACACAAUCAACCACAGGCACACACAUCGACCCAAAUCAAUUGCUGCGGGUUCGGUGCUGACCGUCAGGCUCGUCGCCGCUCUGGAGUUGCUGCACGGCGUCGACGUCCAUCGGGGGCUCCGCGGCGUCCUGCUGCUGCUGCUCAGCUGCUGCUUGUCGUGCGGCCAUGGGUGGGGCUCGGUGGUGAACAGAGAGAGGGUCUUGCUGCCGCCUCUUGACGACCUGACAGUGACACGCGCACAAUGAGAAAUGAAAGCCCUUCCUUCAUUGACGACGCCCUUGCUCCUUCCCGCCUGCCCACGUACCAUCUCGUGUCCUGUCCUCUUCGGACGGGCCCUCACCACACAGAUUAAACUGCUCAGAUCUGCCGCCCUGGACCUACAAAUCACGAUGAGACGGAAACUGGGGCGUGGUGAAGAGGUCGCCUGGUCGCUCCACUGCCACUGAUCUGCCAAAAAGGU